CCCCCGCGCCGCGGACCCUGCGCUUCCGAUUUCCCGGGCGCUCGGGCAAGCUGUCGCUUCGGUCUCAGUCUGGAGCCUGAGGACGCAGGGAGGGUCUGUCUCUGGGAGACUGCAGACUGUAGGCACUGCCAUGGCCCCCGUGCUCAGCAAGGACACGGCCGACAUCGAGAGUAUCCUGGCUUUAAAUCCUCGAACACAAACUCAUGCAAUUCUGCGUUCCACUUCGGCCAAGAAAUUAGACAAGAAACAUUGGAAAAGAAAUCCUGAUAAGAACUGCUUUAAUUGUGAGAAGCUGGAGAAUAAUUUUGAUGACAUCAAGCACACCACUCUUGGUGAGCGAGGAGCUCUCCGAGAAGCAAUGAGAUGCCUGAAAUGUGCCGAUGCCCCAUGUCAGAAAAGCUGUCCAACGAAUCUAGAUAUCAAAUCAUUCAUCACAAGUAUUGCAAACAAGAACUAUUAUGGAUCUGCUAAGAUGAUUUUUUCUGACAACCCACUUGGUCUAACCUGUGGAAUGGUAUGUCCCACCUCUGAUCUUUGUGUCGGCGGAUGCAAUUUAUAUGCCACUGAGGAGGGACCAAUUAAUAUUGGUGGAUUGCAGCAGUUUGCCACUGAGGUGUUCAAAGCAAUGAAUAUCCCACAAAUCAGAAAUCCUUCUCUGCCUCCCCCAGAAAAAAUGCCUGAAGCCUAUUCUGCAAAGAUUGCUCUUUUUGGUGCUGGACCUGCAAGUAUAAGUUGUGCUUCCUUUUUGGCUCGAUUGGGCUACUCUGACAUCACUAUAUUUGAAAAACAAGAAUAUGUUGGUGGUUUAAGUGCUUCUGAAAUCCCUCAGUUCCGUCUGCCAUAUGAUGUAGUGAAUUUUGAGAUUGAGCUUAUGAAGGACCUUGGUGUAAAGAUAAUUUGUGGUAAAAGCCUUUCAAUGAAUGAAAUGACUCUUAGCACUGUGAAAGAAGAAGGGUACAAAGCUGUUUUCAUUGGGAUAGGUUUGCCAGAACCCAAUAAACACCGCAUCUUCCAAGGCCUGACGCAGGACCAGGGGUUUUACACGUCCAAAGACUUUUUGCCACUUGUAGCGAAAGCCAGUAAACCAGGAAUGUGUGCCUGUCACUCUCCAUUGCCAUCGAUACGGGGAGCUGUGAUUGUACUCGGGGCUGGAGACACUGCUUUCGACUGUGCAACGUCCGCCUUACGUUGUGGAGCACGCCGUGUGUUCAUCGUCUUCAGAAAAGGCUUUGUUAAUAUAAGAGCUGUCCCCGAGGAGAUGGAGCUUGCUAAGGAAGAAAAGUGUGAAUUUUUGCCUUUCCUGUCCCCACGGAAGGUUGUAGUAAGAGGUGGGAGAAUUGUUGCUAUGAAAUUUGUUCGGACAGAGCAAGAUGAAGCUGGAAACUGGAGUGAAGAUGAAGAUCAGAUAGUCCAGCUGAAAGCCGACGUGGUCAUCAGUGCCUUUGGUUCAGUUCUGAGUGAUCCUAAAGUAAAAGAAGCUUUGAGCCCUAUAAAAUUUAACAGAUGGGGUCUCCCAGAAGUAAAUCCAGAAACUAUGCAAACCAGUGAACCAUGGGUGUUUGCAGGUGGUGAUGUUGUUGGCAUGGCUAACACUACAGUGGAAUCAGUUAAUGAUGGGAAGCAAGCUUCUUGGUUCAUUCACAAAUAUAUACAGUCACAACAUGGAGCUUCAGUUGCUGCCAAGGCUGAACUACCCCUCUUUUACACUCCUAUUGAUCUUGUGGACAUUAGCGUGGAGAUGGCUGGAUUGAAGUUUAUAAAUCCUUUUGGUCUUGCUAGUGCAACUCCAGCCACCAGUGCAUCAAUGAUUCGAAGAGCUUUUGAAGCUGGAUGGGGUUUUGCCCUAACCAAAACUUUCUCUCUUGAUAAGGACAUUGUGACAAAUGUUUCACCCAGAAUCAUCCGGGGGAUCACCUCUGGCCCCUUGUAUGGCCCUGGACAAAGCUCCUUCCUGAAUAUUGAGCUCAUCAGUGAGAAAACGGCUGCAUAUUGGUGUCAAAGUGUCGCUGAACUAAAGGCUGACUUUCCAAACAAUAUCGUGAUUGCCAGCAUCAUGUGCAGUUACAACAAAAAUGACUGGAUGGAACUCUCCAAACAGGCCGAGGCUUCUGGAGCAGAUGCCCUGGAGUUAAAUUUAUCAUGUCCACAUGGCAUGGGAGAAAGAGGAAUGGGCCUGGCCUGCGGGCAGGAUCCAGAGCUGGUGCGGAACAUCUGUCGCUGGGUUAGACAAGCUGUUCGGGUUCCUUUUUUUGCCAAAUUGACCCCAAAUGUCACUGAUAUUGUAAGCAUCGCAAGAGCUGCAAAAGAAGGAGGUGCAGACGGCGUUACAGCCACCAACACUGUCUCAGGUCUGAUGGAAUUAAAAGCCGAUGGCACCCCCUGGCCAGCAGUGGGCAUUGGGAAGCGCACUACAUACGGAGGAGUGUCUGGCACAGCAAUCAGACCCAUUGCUUUGAGGGCCGUGACCGCCAUUGCUCGUGCUUUGCCUGGAUUUCCCAUUUUGGCUACCGGUGGAAUUGACUCAGCUGAAAGUGGUCUUCAGUUUCUCCACAGUGGUGCUUCUGUCCUCCAGGUAUGCAGUGCUAUUCAGAAUCAGGAUUUCACUGUGAUUGAAGACUACUGCACUGGCCUCAAAGCCCUGCUUUAUCUGAAAAGCAUUGAAGAACUACAAGACUGGGAGGGGCAGAGUCCAGCCACUGUGAGUCACCAGAAAGGGAAACCAGUUCCUCGGAUUCCUGAACUCAUGGGGCAGAAACUGCCAAGUUUUGGACCUUAUCUUGAGAAGCGCAAGAAAAUCAUAGCAGAGAACAAGAUUAGACAGAAAGAACAAAAUGCCGCUUUUCCACCACUUGAGAGAAACAAUUUUAUCCCCCAAAAGCCUAUUCCUGCCAUCAAGGAUGUAAUUGGAAAAGCAUUGCGGUACCUUGGAGCAUUUGGUGAACUGAGCAACACAGAGCACGUUGUAGCUCUGAUUGAUGAAGAAAUGUGUAUCAACUGUGGUAAAUGCUACAUGACCUGUAAUGACUCUGGCUACCAGGCCAUACUGUUUGAUCCCGAAACCCACCUGCCCACCGUUACUGACUCUUGUACAGGCUGUACCCUGUGUCUCAGCGUCUGCCCUAUUAUCGACUGCAUCAAAAUGGUUUCCAGGACAACACCUUAUGAACCAAAGAGAGGCUUGCCCUUAGCUGUGAAUCCGGUGUGUUAAGGUGAUUUGUGAAACAGUUGCUGUGAACUUUGAGGUCACCCUCAUAUGCUAAUCUUUUUAAUUGUGAUCAUUAUGUUCAGCUCUUUCUAAAUUAAAGCAGAUAUAUAAUUUCUAAAUAUAUUUCUAAAUUUUAAAAGAAGUCUACCACCAGUGACCAUUCAAUUAAUGGUCAUAAAAUAGAAUAAUUCUUUUCUGAGGAUAGUUGUUAAAUAACCGUGUAGCAGUUAAUUGGAUAUUCACCGUCAGUUGUCCGUUGUGAAAAAUAGUAACUUUUUUGUGGCAAUUAAUGUGACAAUUUCCAAAUCGCCCUAUGCCAUGCUCUUUGAUUUCUAAUUGUAAGUGAAACUAAGUAUUUUAGAACAAAGCACAAUUUAACAUGCAAGAAAAUGUUUCCAAGGAGACAUUUUAUAAUUAAAAAUUACAUUCAAUUUGAGCGCUGUUUCUAAGCAAAUGUAAUUAGCUCCAUAAAGCACAAAUGAAGAAAGUCAAAUAAUUAUUUACUAUGGCAGGGAAGAAAAAGCCAAAGUUUUGAGAGUUUGCAAAACUUUUUUGAGCCCUCUUUGACGACAUAGCUUCUUUUUGGUGCUAGAUACUGCAAGUGAGAGUGUUUAGUAACCAUUCAUAUCACUCUGUGCUGUUCACCACUCAUGCCAGAGACAGGUGUCCAAACCCCACCAAUGAAUCAAGAUGACAUUCUUCUUUAAAUAUUUAAACUAUGUUCCUAACCAAAGAUGUUAGGAUGGAGCUCUGGUUAAAGCCACUCUUUUGCUGUGCACCAGUCUGCUCUAUCUGCUUUUAAUAGUAACCUUCAUGAUUAUGGCAAUUAAUGUUUGAACAAAGCCUAAAUUAUACAGUAGUGGGUCAUGCGCUUCAUUAUUCAAGAGUGAAAAAUAUAGUAUUGGUGAUAUAUUAAAUUGUGCGAAACCAGUUUGACUACUCUUUCUUUUACUGUUUAUGCUUGAUUUCAAAAGUAAUGGAAUAAAAAAGAAAUAUAUAUUUUCUAUUAUUGCCAAACAAUAUUUUUGUAUUUCUCUAAUUUCAUAAUCAGCAAAUACAUCAUAUAAAUUCAUUUAUCUCUUCUUUGUGGCAUAUUUUAAUAUGAAUCUAUAAGGAGUAAAUCUUUAAAUAACAAUCUGUGGCAUACUUCUGUGACAAAUGCAAGAUCUAGAAAAGUAAGAUGUUUGAUUAUGCACUUUUAGAAAUGUGCACUUACCACAAAAUCUGUAUUAUUGAAUAAUAUCAAAUAAAAUUUCAUAAAGCAU